GCGUCUGUAACAAACUUAUGUAGUUUAGUCCUGGAUCGCUACAUAGCUGUUGUGAAGCCUCUCAAAUACAUAUUGUUCAUGACGCGCAGACGUGUUUCUCAGAUGAUUUUUAUUUCCUGGGCACUUUUAAUUCUUAUUUUUUUCGAUGUUCUCAUAUGGCUCGUUUUUAACGACAAUCGUUCUCUUUUCUUGAUUUCCUCUUGGAUAAUCAUGAUUUUUUUCGAGUUCCUGCCGUGUUGUGGUCUUAUCUUUUGCUUUGGUUUAAUGUUUCGUGUAGUUUAUAAACACAGUAGAGCCGCUCGUAUCCUAACUAAGCAACUCCGCUUUAAUCAACGAUUUUUGUUCAAAAGCUGGGAGAUGUCUGCUGUGAAAGUGAUGGGAAUAGUUAUAGGCCUCUUUACUCUUAUUCACACGUUUUCUUUGCGAUGCAGUCUAGUACAUAUCCUGAAGAACAAACAGUCAUGUGAUGAUAAAGAAUAUAAAAUACCUCUCCUCGUUUUCAACUCUGCCAUAAACCCUGUUGCUUACGCUUUCUUCAAGAGGAACAUAAAAGAGGAGGUGGAAAGACGCAUUUGCUGUGUGGUCUUGAAGAAGAGAAAUAAGAUUGAACCACUUAAUGAUUCAAGACUUUUUCCAAAUUAAUAGUUUAGGUCAUAACGUCAAACACGCAUCUCGUUUGGUACAAAGUAAUGUUGUUAAACCAUAACAAGAUUCACUCUGUAGUGCUUACAAUUUAUGCAAAUCAAACAGAUAUGCACUAUUCCAAGCUAAAAUGAAAAUGAGAUAUUGUUUUGACGUCAACUGGGAUCAGCUGGUUUUCUAGAAGAAACUGUCUCUAGUAAACGAGAAACUUUUGAACUUCUUUAUUAAACUCUUUAACCUUAAAACCGGCUAGAAUCUAGGAAAUGAUCGCUAACCAAAUCAUUUUUGAUGGAUAAAAAAAUUCUCCUUGUCAGUACCAUGGAAAAUACAAUAGGGAGAUAUUCAUACUAACAGUUAGUGUAGAAGAUUAACUCUGAUGGGAAGCAAGACCGAAUGAGGACAAAGGGCGAGUGUUAUUAUGAUUUAAACAGACAAAAUGCAAGAAGAAGGUAAAAAUUUUGUGCUAGAUAUGCAAUUUUAAUAAAGGCAGACAGCAGCUGAUUUGGACUACACCCCUGCAACUAAAAUGCGAACGUUUAUAAAUGCUAAAAGAAAAAGCUGAAGAAUAAACUUCUAC